UAUCUAUUACAAACAUCGUUUUCAUUACAGCAGAAAUAUUACUAUUUUGAUAGCCAAGAUAUCAUUUGACUGGUUAGCUAACCAUUUAUAAAUGUAGCUUUUCAGUAGAGUCACGUGCUAUUUGCUAAUCGGGACAAACUAUUUUAGUUUAUAUCAAUUAUUUGAUAAAUAAUACAGCUAUGUAUCAAAAGACGAUUUUUAAAAUUAUAGUUAAGGGAUGAUCUAUGGUUUGAUGUCCCAUCUUAAUCGGAUAACCGACAGGACACUGACACUGCAGUCAGGUGUCGGGGCAGCGAGGUGCUUUUACCAACGCGGAUGUAUAAAACACUAGGAACACGUGUUCUUUCCGCGACAGAUUGGCCAGACCAGUGCCAUGGCUGCUGACAUCACUAUCCGAAGAUACCAGGAAGAUGACAAGGAGACCGUGAAGGAGAUCUUCACCAUGGGGAUGAGCGAGCACAUCCCCUCCUCCUUCAUGCACCUCCUCAAACAGCCCCUGACCCAGAUGAUCCUGAUGGUCACGUUCUGCGCCCUGCUGGCCAGCUCCAAGUCCGUCCUGCUGCCUGUAGUAGGAGUCACUCUCCUCCUGGCCGGGGCCAAGCAGCUGGUGGGCUACCUCUUCAACAGCUACAUCGACACCUGCCUGAGGAAGGACCUCGACCACAUCCAGGAGACCUACCUGGAGAACAAGGACUCGUGUUUCUGGGUGGCUGAGAGCGACGGCCGGGUGGUGGCAACGGUGGCCUGCCUGCCCGCGGAGAGGGAACCAGGCUGCAUGGAGCUGAAGAGGUUGUCUGUACGUCAUACACACCGGGGGAUGGGCAUCGCCAAGGCCCUCAGCAGGACAGUGGCAGACUUCAGCAGGGAGAGGGGCUUCCCUGCGGUCGUCCUCUACACGUCUGUAGUGCAGACUGAUGCACAGAGGCUGUAUGAGAACGUGGGCUACACACGGGUCAGAGAGUUCGUCAUCCCUGAGCCCAUCGCCAAAAUCACCAACUUUACAGUAAUAGAGUACAGGUUGUAAUAUGAUCCUGAUGGUCAUCUACGCAGGUUGGAACAUUUUGAAUAUGUACUCAACAUGUACUCUUAAAUGUCCACUCAGCACAGCCCUCGGAGCAUGGUACCUCUCUAGGUUUAUAUAUAUAUAUAUAUAUAUAUAUAAUAUAUAUAUUAGGUGCAUAUGCUUUGGCAUAUGCAUUGAUAGAUUUUUAGACUGGGUAUCUGUAAACCACUUUGUGACAACUGCUUAUGCAAAAAGGGGAUUUAAGAAACAUUUGCUUGAUUGACAGAUUUGUAUUAUUACAAUAAUAAUAUAACAUUAUUAUUAUUAUUAUGUUAAUAAUCCAUCAAUGGUUGAAUUGCGUUCUUUUUCUUUGUACCAAGCUUCCAAUGGCUGGAGCUAAUCAACGUGGUAAAUGAAAAAUACCCAAAUAAAAUGUAAAGCUGUGCUGUU